UCGGGCGAGAGCGGGCGGCCGGCCGCGCACCUGCCUCGCACCGUUCUACACGCGCGACGUGCUCGAUCGCGACACGCUGUAUCGUAAACAUAUAAAACAUUUCCAAUACGAACGAAAUUAUUGUUCACCAAUUUCAUUGACAUUUAAUGUAUACCGAAAAAUAAAAACUAUUAGUAAUUUAGAACAAUUUUAGUAAAUUAAAUAAACUAAAAGUGAAUCAUUUUAUUUUUCUUGGAAAGACUAAAAAAAAGUGAUGAAGUUUUAAAAUCGAAGAUAAUGAUAUCAAAAGUGACCAGAUGUUGUUUGUCUAAUCGGAAGAUCGCCACUAGGUGUGGAUAGAUUAGAUACGGUACUAAGACACCCGUACGAUUAUAGAUAAGACUGCGUAUGACCAGUAAAUUUUGGCAAGUUAACUAGUGGUGGUUUAACAAUAAUAUUAUGCCGUCACGAAACACUAUGAAAAGAAAAAAGUAGUUGGUCCAAAUCGUAAGAUGAAAUUGGUUACAAUGAAGAAGUUGAGAAGAUGACUAAAAUGUUUGUUGAUGAUGUUUACCGUCGGACAUUUAGGGACGAAACUGUGAUGGAACUGACUUUUUUAUCAAAAACUGUUUAAAAACUUGCGAUAAACCGCUGGACCGUCGGCGGUGCGUGUGAAGUGAAUUAGAACUGUCGCCUGAUAGCCAAGAUAUUGAGAUAAAUAUUUCUGGCGAUAAAGCAGUUGUUGAAGAUAUAAACAUAGGUGACCAAAUCAAGAUGAGAAUUAAGAUGCCAGCUGUACGCAUCGCGCAAGCGGAUGCGGACAGCGCGGCAGAGGGCGGUGGGUCUCCUACUCCUGGAGUACCAGCCGAUACCCUCACAUGUGGGGCUUGCAGACGAGCCUUCGCCCUCGCAGACAUUGUGCGAUUCAUUCAGCACAAAGUCUCUUCCUGUGAUAAAGAUCUCACCUCUUAUCAUUGCUACAGUGCUGGUCCCAACUCUGACCAGGAAGAUGGGUCAAGACCUGGUCAGGUUUCAACUGGCAGUGCUGGCAGGAGACCCUCACUUUUGACUGCAAGAAGACCACCGAGCAGUAGGGUGCAUACUCCUCCACUGGCCAGCCCAUCGAUAGCACCCCCAGAUCUUUUAGAAGAUGGUGGCGCUUCGAGUACUCCUAAACGAUUAUUGGACGAACCGGAUGUUGAAACUUCAACACCUAAAAGAAGAGCAUCAACAUCACCGAUGCCAUCUAGCUCGCCUGAUGAAGAUAUCAAGCCCAAAAUCAAACAAGAACACAUGGACACCACCGGGUCACCUGAGGACCAAAAGAAAUCAAGAACCGAAGUAGCUGAUGCUGAAUCUAAUACAAUGCAUAGUGAGCCGAGUAACUACGUGUGUUCGACGUGCAAAACGAAAGUGCAUUCUGCGUGGCGGUUACUCCAACACGUGCAGCAUGUACAUGGAGUAAAAAUCUACAUGGAAACCCUGCCGCAGCCGCAGAGCAAUAAGCAAAAUCAUUCCACCUCGAGCACCUCGUCGACCAGUUCGGGCUGCUCAUCCACGGGAGCACCAUUGCCACCGCCGACGUUACGUCAUCACCCCUUACUGCCACCUCCCGACAUGCAUUCGCCGUUCGGAGUAGGAGGUUUACUAAGGAUGCCUCUACCAGGAAGCUUACCUCCAUUAGCACAUCCGUCUGUGCCACCAGCGCCGCUAUUUGCACGGCCGAAUCAUCACGACCACCGAUUCAGGAUGGAGCAACUUGUCUCAGAGCAGUUCCGUCAUCAUGGCCUCAACUUAGCAGCCGCAGCGGCUGCGGUAGCGGCUAACUCCCUACCACCACAUCAAGCAUUCCCUUCACCAGCUGACCGGCCGCCUGUCGUUCCAACAUCUAUGUCGGGACGAGAGAGGCCCCCACCAGUAUCACAACCCCUUUCUUUAGAACCCCAGCUGGAUUUUUACUCGCAGCGCUUGCGGCAACUGGCCGGUACGACCAGUCCAGGGGCGGCCACAGGCAAUUCGAGCUCUCCUAGCCCCAGGAAGCAUUCUCCUCCGUUCGCUUCCCCGUCGCCCUCCCGAGUCGGUCAGACUCCACCGGCGGGCGCCGGACCCGGAACGGUGGACACGCCUCGUGAAGCGACGAGGCCUCACAGUUCGACGUCACCAGAACGUCGUAUUGAGCCAAUAGUGGCUGAUGCACCGCCUCCCGAACGAAGAUCUUCGACACCACCUGCUAAAAGAAAUAGCGAAGAUGCCGUGCAUUCCUGUGAGUUUUGCGGAAAGAAAUUUCGAUUUGAAAAUAAUCUUGUCGUACAUCGCCGAUCUCACACCGGUGAGAAACCUUUCAAAUGUAGUGAAUGUGAUGAAUGCUUCGACAAAGCUUCUAAAUUGAAAAGGCACAUGAAAGUUCAUAGACCGCCCGAUGGCAACACGGAAGACGGAGACUCGGGUGGUGAUACUGCAGAAGAUGACUCAGAUGAAGAUUUAGAUGAUGAGGAAUUGGACGGAGAAGAGGAAGAGGAAAAUGAAGACGGAGAAGAUGUAGAAGAAGCGGAAGAUUUAACAGUAUCAAACAGCAGUGCUCCAUCUGCUCCUCCGCGUAAACAAACAUCUAUUACUCCAGCUCAUCCUCCCACUGCGUCUGUUGUAGGUGAGCUCAUGGACAAAUUUGGGUUAUCAAACAUUGCUCAAUAUAGUGAAGCUUUCAAACAGGCCUUGCAAGAAUCAGGGAAUUCAUUAAAAUGGCAAUUGGCAAAGGAUCGCGAUAAUAACAAUGGCCCGCCAAACGACAAACCUAAUGGUAUGCCACCAACUGCUGCUCUACGGUUAAAAGAAGAGUUCGCUAAGAUGCCACCUCAACCGCAUCCUCUCUUUAACCCUUUUGAAAACCCGUUUGAGGCGUCGAAACGGAUGAAAUUAGAAAUGGACAGAGGAGAAGGUUGGUGGCUACCAACGCUUCAUGCACAAAGACCACCAGACAAUAUCUUCGAUGGGCUUAAGAAUAGUAGUAACGGGUUACUGCAAAACCCUUUAUUAAAAUCAAAAGAUGGCCGUCGUAAUGACACAUGCGAGUUCUGUGGUAAAGUCUUUAAGAACUGCUCAAACUUGACAGUACACCGACGUUCUCACACCGGCGAGAAACCCUAUAAAUGUGAAUUAUGCUCGUACGCUUGCGCCCAAAGUUCCAAGUUGACGAGGCAUAUGAAGACCCACGGCCGGCUUGGAAAGGACGUGUACCGUUGCAGGUUUUGUGAAAUGCCGUUCUCUGUGCCCUCGACACUUGAGAAGCACAUGCGUAAGUGUGUUGUGAAUCAAAGUAAUGGUGCUCCUUUAGCAUUAUCUGAUGACUCUAAUGCGUGCCGUGAGGAGGCGUCGUGACUCUACCCGUGGGGUGGCCUUCGGCUGCCACCACCACCGCCGCCCAGCCAGAUAUUUUAAGGCCUAACUCUUUAGUUUAGUUUCGUUGUACCCUCGCGACAAAUCGCGAGUUGCGUCGCGGGAAACCUGGUCGACUUUGUUCAACUUCUAGUCUUAAGGGUUUAAUAAGUUGGCGUAUUAUUUAUCGACCAUUGCAAUAUGAGCCCAAAGGGUUACCACCGAAGGGCAUUAUUUUAUUACAAAAUAUAACAUAUCUUUCGUGUACUGAACCAGUGUUGUUCCCGUUACAUUGUUGAUGUUAGUCUGCAAGGUUUUUGUUUCGGAGGCUGCGAUGAUUCCUCUCGUUUACGAUAUUUGCGUUACUAUUUCGAUAUUGUUUUGACAUGUUUUUAUUUAUAGAAAAAAAUAUGGAAACCAAUGCCAAAGUUAGCUAUGUUGAUUUAACGCGAUUUUAGUUAUUAAGUUGUAUAGUGUCAAUUAAAAAAAAGUUAGAUUUUUUCCAGUAUUUUCUAGGAUCUUCAUAGUUUCGUGUAGUAUGUGUAUAGCUGUAAGUUGUUUCGUAAUUUUAGGAUAUUAAUGUACAAUAAUAAGCGAAAAUGUUUCCUAUCUUAGAUAAAUAACUUGUGUAAAUAAAUUGAUGUAAGUGUAAUGUGUAAAUUGAGUACCUACCUAUUGAUGUUCAUAUUUAUAGACACUGUGUUUCAAAUUUAUUAAAUGGAGAAUACAAAAAAGCAUUAAAAAAACGGUGAGUUUCCUGUAAUCGAUAAUUAAGCAUCCUAGAAAGCAAAAUUGGAAUCGAUAAGGGUAGGUGUUAUUCGUAAUGAGGUAUUUCUAUAUUAAUUAGAAUUUAAAUUAUUAAAUUAAAUAUCUUGUGAGGCAUUCGAUCUUCAUUCUGUCCUUUAAUUCUGACAAAAGGGAGCUAGUUAUUUUUUAAGACUGAACAUUAUUCCAGUUUUGUUUUUAAAUUUGUUUUAUUUGUGAUUCUUGAUUCGUGGAAGAAGUAUUUCACUUGUACCUAAAUUUUAGUCCAAUCGUGAAAUCUUUCAGUAUACGUACUUAAUGUAAAUUAUAAUAGAAUUUAUAUUAGAUAAAUAUAAGUAAAUUAUAAUAGAAACAUCUUGUCGUCCAUCGAGUCUCCUCAUGAAUUCUCUUUGAUUUUUAAUUAUUUAGGACUUCUUCGGACGGUGUAUACUGGCCAUUCGUUUAGUCCAAAUAAAAAUGGCCCUUAUGUCGUUUGGAUAAGACCUAAAGUUGUAAAAUUCUCAUGCUCAAUAUUUUUGUCCUGCUUGCAAACGUUUUCAGGAUCAAAAAGUCAUUAAUUUAUCAUUGAAAUGACUUUUUGGUAUGAAAAAAAAUAUUGCUGUAAUUAAAUCAUAGUUUAUUUGUACGUCUGUGUACAUAAAUCAUAUCAAUCGAAAACUGUUAAGGAUUAUUGAAGAGGAAAUGUACAAUUAAGAAGAGAGUUGGUAACAAAAUUGACAUUAUAUUAUUUACGUAAUUUAUUUAAAAAUAGGCAAUAUUGUUAUAAAUUAUAGACACUUUGUUUUUGAUUGUACAUACAG